AUUGCGAAAAAAUACCUUACCUUUAAUUGUGUGCUGGGAUAGGGUUGAGAAGAUGAUACCAUAAAUUGAAUGAGGAACAGAUAAAACUAUUUUGUUAAAAUUAUGAUGUAAUGUCAGCCUAUCAGAAUACUGAAAAUCUCUAUAGUCACACAUAAUAAGGAGUCAGCUAACUUUGAUAAAUCGUGAUUUUUAUCACGUGAGCUUAUUUUUCAUUCAGUGCUGAUUAUAAAUUUUUUACAAUAAAAGUGGUCAUCAAGGCGUUUUUCUGUCUUCCAACUUGUAGAGGUCUGUCACGAUGAAACUUUUUGUUGGAAUUACGUUGCUUUCGGUCCUUAGUUUGUCUUUAGGUGACAAGCUUUUAAGGGUUAAGCUUGCUCAUUCAAGACCAGUCCGCCACAAAUUACAUGAAGUUGGAACACCUGUAGAAAUCGCUUUACCGAGAAGGAUCUUGGGAAAAAGUCCAUUCCCAGAACCUCUUUCAAAUUAUUUGGAUGCCCAAUAUUAUGGACAAAUUUCCAUUGGAACUCCGCCACAAACCUUCAAAGUAGUUUUUGACACUGGAUCUUCUAACUUAUGGGUACCUUCAAAGAAAUGCAAGUGGACCAACAUUGCUUGCCUUCUACACAACAAAUAUGACAGCAGCAAAUCCAGUACAUACAAAGCAAAUGGAACUGCUUUUGAAAUCAAAUAUGGAAGUGGUAGCAUGACUGGAUUUUUGAGUACCGAUACAGUUGCAAUUGGAGGAGUACAGGUUGCCAGCCAAACUUUCGCUGAAGCCGUCACAGAACCAGGACUGACUUUUGUUGCUGCUAAAUUUGAUGGAAUCCUUGGAAUGGGAUUCAGCACUAUUUCUGUUGAUGGUGUCACUCCUGUUUUUGACAACAUGUUGAAGGAAAAAGUAGUAGAUAAACCAGUUUUCUCUUUCUACCUUAGCAGAAAUCCUAACGCUAGCGCCGGUGGAGAAAUUAUUUUUGGUGGAAGUGAUCCAAAUCAUUACAAGGGUGAUUUCACUUAUGUGCCUGUUGACAAGAAAGGAUACUGGCAAUUCCACAUGGACUCGAUAAGCGUCAAUGGUAAAACUAGUGCUUAUUGCUCAAGUGGAUGUGAAGCUAUUGCAGAUACAGGAACUUCCCUAAUUGCUGGACCUGUUGAUGAAAUUGACAAAUUGAACAAGGAAAUUGGAGCAACUCCAUUAAUGCAAGGAGAAUACGUUGUUGACUGUAACUUGAUUCCCAAAUUACCAACAGUAUCUUUUACUCUCGGAGGAAAAAAAUUUGAUUUGAAAGGAUCUGAUUAUGUUAUUCAAGUUUCACAAUUGGGACAAACCAUCUGUUUGAGUGGCUUCAUGGGAAUUGACAUUCCCAAACCAGCCGGACCAUUGUGGAUUUUGGGAGAUGUUUUUAUUGGACGUUAUUACACAGAAUUCGAUUACGCUAACAGCAGAGUUGGUUUCGCCGACGCAAAAUAAAUUUCUAAAAAAGAUAAAAACAAAUUCUUUAAAUUUAUUUUAAAAAAACCGAUUCUUUAAGAUUAAUAGAAAAUUUUUUAAGCUUUAAGACUUUUGUUACGUUUUAUCUUGUGUAAAAACUCUUUAAAAAUGUCUUUUUGAAUAAAUAUAUUUUUAUAAAA